UAGCCGCACAUUUCAGUCGGCCCACCUGAGGCCGUGAGUCGCGGCGAGGAGCCCAGGUGCAAUAGGAAGAUUUCUAAUCCUCUGGAAAAUGACUUCAUCUAACCGUAUUAAACCGACCCACCCCGGGGUGAAACAGUUAACCAUAGCGUACGUGUAUUAUUUAUGGAGAACGCGACAUUGGAAUUCCCACCACGCCUAGCCAGGGACGUUUCCUCGCGCUGCGGUUUCACGGCUGCACUUUCACCUUUCUGGGUCAUUGGCCAAUCAAGACAGUCGACGCUUGAUACACCUUAGGCAGAGGUAAUGGACGCAUGGAAGCCCGCGAGUUUUGUCGGAGAUUACCUCCUGCGUUCCUUAAGUAUUAGGUCACCAAUCGCUCCCCUUCCGCGAUGGAAGUCCUGAAGGACAGGACAAUAGUCGCCAAUGGGAUCCCACCAGGACUGGACCCAGGUUUUAUCUCUGACACGUUGAAAGCUUAUUUUGAGAACCGAUCUUUGUCUGGCGGUGGGCCGGUGAAAAGUGUAGAGCUCCAGCGAGAAGCGGGUAGACUGUUGGUUCGCUUUAAGGACCCGGGCGCUGCAGCCAAUGUUCUGACCAGGCGAAAGCACAGGGUGUACCUGGACAAGAAGAAGGCGGUGGUGUGUACAACCCUGACUGUCACACCGUUGGAAGAGCCUGUCACCAGCCAAUCCCUUCUCUUGUCAAGGCCCAAAGCAGGAACAGACCAACGUACCAAAAGAGAUGGAGAAGUGACUGUGAACAGAGGUGAGCAAGAUUCAAAAUCACCUGGAGCAGGAUCUGCCAACCCUUCAAAGUCAACUGCAUCUUCUAAAUGUCUGUCCAACAACAUCUCAGAGGUUACAGUUAACGGAGAAGGAGAGAGCAAAGAGUCUUCCACCAUGCCAUCCUUUAUCCCUGGGGGGAGUUCAAGUGACGAGACUGACGAGGAGGUGCAGGGUAUCAUAGAGGUCGACAACAUCAGCCCCAAAACAUCUGAUGACACACUGCAGCUGUACUUCGAGAACAAAAGAAGGUCAGGGGGAGGGGAGAUUCUCAAGUUUGAAAGGAAAGGCGACACUGCACUCAUCGCUUUCGAGAAUGAAGGAGUUGUGAAGAGUGUGAUUGCACGAGGUCCUCAUCUGCUGGAUGAGUUUGUGCUGACAGUCAAGUCUGUGAGUCUGAAACAGAAAGGGCAGCAUCGCAACCUCCCGAUGGACACCAACCGUGUGCUGCUGCGUGGGGUGAAGGACACCACCACGGAGGAGACCCUCCGGCUGUAUGUGGAGAACAGGAGCGGUGCAGAGGAGGACAUUGUGUUCCUGUAUGCUGAAGAACCGGGGGUUGUGUUGGUCACCUUCUUUGAACACAUAGACUUGGAUCGUUUCAUCGGGAGAUGUAGUCAGAGGCAGUUGGACGGUGCAGAUGUCAAGGCUGCGAGACUACCUGUGGCAGACUGCAUCAAGGUUUCCAACCUGCCUCCUGAUGUGUCCACCGAUGCACUCACGCUUCACUUUGAGAACAAACGGCGUAGUGGUGGGGGCUAUGUUCUGGCAGUGGACCUUCUUGCUGCGGACAACUCUGCCAUCAUUCAUUUUGAAGACUAUUGUGUUGUGGAAACAGUUGUCAGCCAGUCCCACACAUUGAACAGUAAGCAGUUGAAUGUAGAACGGUACUUUCCGCAACUCGGCAGAGCAACGAGGGUGAAAGCUGUUACCUUGUCCAUUCCUAAACCAGUAACCUGCCCCGUAGAUGACCACGUGAUGAGGUUUGUCAUGUCGAACCAACAAUACCAAGACCGUCUGAAUGAAAGCUUGGAGAGGGAGCAGGCACGGCUGCAGUGGCCCGUGGAAGGGGACCUAUCUCUCACAAAAAUCAUCUGUACAGCAUCGGAAGAGACCCAGUCUGCCGCACCCAUCACACGGGACUGGGAUGUCAAAGUCCAGACAGCUUUGAAAUCCUUCCUUGAAGCAUUUGAGUUUCGGAAGGUUCUUGUCCAGGGAAACCUGUGGAAGUCUGUGACAACAAGAGUAGCCAACCUUUUACUCCCUCCCUCAGACAAGGUUGUGAUUGAGGAUGAUCCCACCAACCAUGCUUUGCUGAUUUCUGGACUGUCCAAGGAAGUGCAUGACGUGGAAAGUAAAAUCACAGAGGUGGUCAAACAGGUAGAGGAAGACGCAAAGAAUGGAAGGCGGGUUGUGACAGAGAAACUGGCAAUGACUCCAGCAAGGAUAAAAAUCAUGAUCAUGGGAAAUUUCUUCCAGUUACUAAGAGAUUCCUUCCCCUCAUUGAAAGUAGCUGUGGAUGCAAACAGCAAUGAGAUCACACUAAAGGGAUUUGUUCAUGAUAUCGACAUUGUCAAAGUGCAAAUGUACGAAAUGCUUGAAAACCUUGUGCAACGUUCCUACAAGCCCACGCAAAACAUCGAAGAGUUUCUGCAGGAUGCCAACGCUUCACAGUUUGUGCAUAACUGCAUUGGAAAGGACGGCUUGACAGCGGUCUAUGCAGUUGAGAACAAGGAAGUGGUUGUGUCAGGUGUGUCUGACAAUGACGCUAAGAAGGCACUGGACAUUUUACAGAACACCGUUGCUGAACACAAUAUCCCAGUUGAUGAGCUUAGCAAGAGUGCAUUAGGUACCGCUGCAUGGCAAGAGUUUGUUAAAGGCAUCCAAGACAACAUGGUGGUCAGGAUUCAAGAAGACGACCAGAAUGGCCUGGUGACACUGAGAAUGGUGGGAGCUGUCGAGUUUCUUCCCGAGGUUGUAGAUCAGGUUGAGUCUUUUUUGCAGACAAAUACAGUAGUGGACACUUUUCUCACUAUGGAGAAUGGACGUGCAAGAUUUCUGAAAGAAAACUGUGUUGGUGAACUCAGAGAUAUAGAGAGAGAUCUGAAGCAAAUGUCUGUUAACAUUUCCAGAGAAACGAGAGGGAUCGAGAGUGGGUUCUGCGUUGAAGGUACAGAAGAAGGGGUGAAGAGAGCAGUGGAGAAACUAAAAGAGCUUGGGGAGGGCAUCUUAAGUUGCCAGCUGCCAGUGGAGAAGCCAGGCAUGCCUGCAUACUUUACUGAAGGAGGAGGAAGAGAGUUCUUGUCUGUUGUUGAAUAUAUGCAUCACUGCAAAAUUGAUCUGAUAACACCUUUGGAUGAGGCAUUGUCAAAGAGCAAUGUUGAUUCACUAUCAAGCACGGACUCCCCCAUACCGAUUGAUACAAAGAGGGGAGGUACAGGCUCAAUACCAGAAUUGCAGAUGCCGGUAGAAGAGAUUUCCCAUGUAGCCAUGGACAAUGGUACAAGGCUUGUUGUCUGCAAGGGAGACAUCACCAGGCACCCUGUCAAUGUCAUGAUCACACCAGCAAAUCCCAAACUGGAGCUGUCCGGAGCCCUGGGGGAAGCCAUUAGAAUAUUAGGUGGGGAUCGCAUCCAACGUGAGUGCAGGGAAUACAUCAGAAGUAACGGAGCCUUGUCGGAAGGACAGGUUGUGGAGACAUCCUCUGGUAACCUCCCCUGUAAACAUGUACUGCAUGCCGUGGUGCCACGGUGGCCUCAUUCUAUGGACAAGGUCACAACAGAGGACGCCACAUCGGAGGAGACCCAACUGUUUGAACUGGUUCUCCAUGCACUGGAGCUGUCAGAAGAGCUGAGGCCACAGAAUGUUGCUUUGCCGCCCAUCGGAGCUGGGUCCUUCGGCUUCCCAACAGAAAUCAGUGCCAGGGGCGUGACAGAUGCUGCCGUAGAGUUCUGCCUUCAGAACAACCACACAAGUAUCCAGGAAAUAAGGUUCAUCAGUAUCAACUCCUUGGAAGUGGCAGCGUUUCAUAAGGCCUUGGUCGCCACGUUUGGUGAUAGAGUAGAGAUGAUUCCCACCACGAGGAAAGCAGCAGCAGCUCAAGAGGAGCCAAAGAAGGCAACAGGGCCCCCAGGACCCCCUAAGGCAGGUACAAGGAAGAAGAAGCAGAUAAUAGAGGAAGAUCUUGACUUGCCAGAUGUGACAGCAGGCGCCCUGACAACUCCUCAGGGCCUGAAGAUUACUUUGGUAAAGGGGAGCAUCGCUAAGCAAAUGGUUAACAUCAUUGUCAACACAACACAGCCAGGUCUGAACCUGAAUUCAGGCUCUGCAUCCAAAAGCGUCCUGAAGGUUGCAGGUCCCCAGCUGCAGUCUCUGUGUUACCGUGCCAACACACAUACAGGAGAUGUGCCUGCAGGAGAGGUCAUCAUCACCGACCCAGCAAAGCUACCCUGCAAGCAGGUCUACCAUGCUGUAUGCACGCGCUAUGAUCGACUCACCGGGGGUGGAAUUGAAGAUUUGAAAACUAUCCUCUGGAGAUGUCUUGAAGAAGCAGAGAAAUCCAAGAUGGAGUCCAUUGCCUUUCCAGCCAUUGGUACCGGCUCCUUAGACUUCCCUCGUGACCUGGUGGCAAAGGUCAUGUUUGCAGAGGUUCUAGAGUUUGGCAAGGAAAACCUUGACUCUGGGGUCAAAGACAUCCGGUUUGUGGUGUACAGCAUGGACCAGGCAACAGUUCAGGCCUUUGAGACAGAGCUGGAGCGCCAAGGCGGCACACUACAGUCAGGCUCAGAAGGCUCCCUCACCCCCGACAGGGACCUGUCUGCAUCACCCAAGCCGUUCUCAAGCGUUCCGCACAAACUGCACCCGGAGGAAGCGGGCGUGUCCAGUGGUUCGUCUAGUCCACAACCGACGACAGACGAAGUCCAGAUUGGACAUGUCUGUCUCCAUGUUCAGCAUGGGAACAUCGCCAAAGACAGGACAGAUGCCAUUGUGAACCCUACCAAUGCUAAACUGGAUUUCACCAUGGGUGCUGUGCCAAGAGCUAUCCUCAAUGCUGGUGGCCAUGCUGUAUUGGCUGAGUGUCGCCAACUUGGGUCGUUACCCAUCAGUGGUGUAGCCGUGACGGGGUCAGGAAACCUGCGCUGCAAGCACGUGAUUCAUGUGGCACCAGGCGAUGACAUCUACACUCUGAAGGAGCAGUUCAGGAACGUCUUACGUCUGGCCGAGGAGAUGGAGCUGAAGUCCAUCUCGUUUCCUGCACUGGGCACAGGUAGCACACGGAUAGAGACAAGCCAAGCAGCAUCUUGCAUGGUGGAGGCCAUUGACGAAUUCGUCCACGAAGACAAGCCCAAGAAUCUGGUUCUAGUCAGGGCUACCAUCUCCAAAGAGGAAGUCAUGGUUUGCUACCGCGAUGCCAUCUCUCAGUGGACUCCAGGACAGAGACAGCAAGGACAGCUUGCAGCACUGGAGAAAAUAGCAAAUGCAGUAGCUGAUCGCAUGAAGAGGGUCAUUAGAUUUGACCCGAAGGAAGCUCCCCUGAUUGUCUCAGUAGACGGGAUAGUGCUGAAGGUAUUUGCAGGAAAGAAAGCCCAGCUGGACACUGCUGUGAGGAAGAUAGAGGACAUGAUGAGCAGGGAGUGUAAGGACCACAUCAUCACAGAUCCAUCUGUGGACAAGCUGUCCCUUUUGGACCAGGCUACAAUUAAGGAGCUGGAGAAGCAGCAUACGGUGGCGAUAACCAUCAAUAGCAGUGACUCCAGCAUCCGAGUACAAGGCAACGGAGGUGAUGUCAGUGAUGUGGUGACUGAUAUCUACAAGGUUUUGAAUGAGAUCACAGUGAAGGAGUAUAAGAGUCAGCAGGCUGAACUGAUGUCUAGGGAGGUCCAGUGGUGUUACCUGGAGCAGGAGAUGUACCAGCCUUACAGUCCUGACCUGAACGCUGUCCUGGAACAGGCCAAACGGCAUGGGAGGUCUUAUGUUGACUUCACCAAGCCAGACACCCUGGAAGCUUGCCAUGUGGACUUCAUCAGGAUGAAGGAGACCCGGAUCCUGACAGGAGACACCAGACUCAUCCUUAGGAAAGACACAAAGACGGAUCUGCCUGAGUUCUGGGACCCCCAGGGUGAUGAUGAGGUGAAGGUGGUGGAGCUGAGUGAGGGGAGUCUGGAGUUCCAGGAGACUUACAUGUACUUCACCAAAACGAUAGGAGACAUGCUGUCUAAGGUUGUCAAGAUUGAGCGUAUCCAGAACCCAGCCCUGUGGCGACAGUACCAGGUGAAAAAGGAGAAGAUGGACAGAACAAACAAGGCCGCCAAUAAUGAGAGACGUCUGUUUCAUGGAACCUCCAUUGGCUCCUGUUCCCACAUCAACGCGCAUGGCUUCAACAGGAGCUUUUGUGGAAAAAAUGCUACCCUGUAUGGCAAUGGAGUAUACUUUGCUGUAGAAUCCAGCUUCUCAGCCAAGGACCAGUACUCCCUCCCAGCUACCAAGCACAACAAGCAUGUGUACCUGGCCAGAGUCCUGGUGGGAGAGGCCACGAUCGGCAGACAGGGCAUGAUUGUCCCUCCGCCUAAAGACCCUGUAAACAAGACCGUUCUGUAUGACAGCGUCACCAACAAUGUCAAAAACCCAAACAUCUUUGUGAUCUUCCAUGACACACAGGCUUAUCCUGAGUAUCUGAUAACAUUUCGCAGUUAAGUCUAUGAUGCAGUGACAUUCACUGGCAUAUGCCAAAUAGUGCAUUUUGUAGUUACUCAAGCAACUACACGAGUAGAUAUGGUUUUGGAAUUUUCCCCAAAUGAUAUCCAGUUGCUUGGAAAAUUGUUGUUUGGCAUAUCUUAUUAUCUGGAUGUCUAACCUUCAUUGAUAUACACUAUCAUAUUUCUUGUACAAUAGAUAACAGAAUUGUUGCAAUCUGUCUUAAUGUCAUAAAUUACCUGGCUUAGCCAGAAUUGUUGUCAUUAGAUAGUGAUAUUGCUAACUAGCACACAACAAAUUCAGGAGAUGUUGCAUCGUCAAAAGCUUCUAGAUAUAGAUUAGAAGAGGUAACACUACUGAGUUGCAGGAUAAGUGGACAGUAAGGGCACUUUAUAUUUCGUAUUGAUUCUGUGAUUGUCUGUCUGGGAUUUUCUAAGAAGUUUGCUGCAUGAUGUGUAAACUGUCAGUUUUAUUACUUCUAUGUUAUGUCAAUAAUUUGUACAUCAAGCAAUACAUGAUGUAGUUGUCGUUUAAGAUUUUUUAAUACAAUAUUUUUGUACAGAAAUGGGUUAUGACAUUUUGGGUAGCAGUAGAGGCAUGUUUGUAAGAAGGUCAUUGCUACACCAUAUCAAUAUCAUCUUCUAAGUCUAAGCUGCUUUCAAUGAAGGCAUUACUA